GUUGGGCCGAAUAUGCGGCUCAGAACCACGCUAUCGAAUGCCACGUCGGAUCCUAUGGGAUUAGAUUUAUUCGAAGUUUUGCCUAUCCCUAUGCCGUUUGAGUCGAUGAAACUGCUUCACCAUGGAACUCACUUUCGUCUUUUGACAACGACUGUCGUGGCUAAAAAUCCUAAUGCUAGCCUUGCUGGGUUUGUCACGCACAAUGCAGCCACAUUCAGGUCCUUCUUACUCAUAGCCGGUAUACAUCAUGUCUGGGCCGGUGGUUCGCUCCAAGCAAUCGAAGAGACCAUGCUUCAUCACAAGCUCGAAGCAAUCCGUGUUGUCAAUGGCAUGAUUGGCGAUCCUCUGCUGAGCCAAAGUGAUACAUGUAUAUCGGCUAUGGUCGGCCUGGCCAUGGUUGAGGCUGCCUUGGGCGAUAAAAAGGCUGCAGAGGCUCAUUUAAAAGCUUUAGCCCGGCUGUACGAUGAUCGACAUUCGGACCAGGACAGGUACAGGCUGUUCGGACUGCUUGAAAGACUUGUUCUGUUGGCAGCCAGCCUAGUUGCAGCAUCUAAAGACGGAAACGACAACGAGUCUCAUUAUUUUGUUAACGAGCCGCGCGAGAGUCUGGAGCGGGCUUACCAUUUCACACGACCAACACGGCCUGUGUUCAGCGCUGUUCCUUUUCUUAGUCUACAUCUAUCACCCUUCUAUUACUCAACUCCACCGGACAUUGAAGCUUGCAAUGCUGAUGCCGAAUGUGAGAUUAUCGCAACGACCUUGCGCCGAUUGUCUAAGUCUGUUCCAAAUGAGGGUACUCAAGGUGGGGAGGAAGAGGAUAUAGCAUCGCUUAAUCAACAAAAGAUCCGAGAGACUCUUCGAGAAGAUGCAGAAUCAUACAUUGUCUCAUUACUUUUCAAACCUUCUAGACCCGCACGAGGCGAUAGAAGCGACCACGGCCAAGGUCAGGCGCGGGGUUCGAGACCCAGCUCGCAGCUUCGGCGAGACGAUUUAGAGGAUAUGGACGACCAGUAUGUCAGCUUUUUAGAGUAUCCCUUCGCAAAUCUCCCGCCUGUCAUCUUCCCAUCUACCUCGCGAGCUUGGGCGUGCGCUGCAUACUUCUAUCUUCAUUUGGUUGUAGAUUGCCUCCCGCAGCAGCAAGAUCGUGCUCAAGAGGCAAUGAAUAUGGACAAACAUCUGUGGCGUUGGUUGAUCAGCAGUUUGCGCCAAGAUCUCGUUCACACAGAAGAAGCGAUGCGCGUCGGAGCACACAGCUCAGAGUUAUGGCUAUGGAAAGCCAUGCUUGGCGCUUAUGCAAUGACCAAGAGUCCACUGGAAGCAACCGAUGAAGCGAGUAGUAGCGAUGAAGACGAGAGUGAUGACCAAAACAUCCCCCGCUUAACGAACAGGAUGGUGAUUAGCCCGGGGGCACGAUCAAGUGGACGAUCAAGCCAGGCGUCUUCUUCAAGUAACAGAGCAGACAUGCAGUGGUUUACUUCAAAGCUGCGGUUAUGGAGCACUGUAAUACGCAUAACGUCAUGGGAUGGCGCAAAAAGGGCUCUGAGUCGCAUCGCAUGGCCUGAGAAUUUUCGCGACGAGCACCACUUGGCUGAUCUGUGGGAUGAAGCUAUGGAAUCAGCGGAUCUAGAGUAUUGAAGUUCGAGAAAGUUGCUCGCUGCUGAGGGAUUUAGUAUUUUUGGCAUUGGCAAAUCCGUAUAACCACCCAGACUGAGUGGGCUUUGAGAUCUGGCGCGAACAAGUCCUCUGUCGAGCAUCUGGAAAAGAAUAAGUGUCAACAGCACCAUUGUACAUGAGCAAGGAGUUUUAUAGG